GAGCUCACCGAUGUGCCGUUGUCUCUCUGCAGUGGUGGUGGGCGGCAGGCAGCUGGGGGUCCCGCUGCGCUGGAGGGGGCAAGUGGCUGCGGCGGCGCCCAGCACCAAGCUCCAGGCUGAGCCAGAAACACGGAAACCUAAAACAGGAAUCCUGAUGUUAAACAUGGGAGGUCCAGAAAGGCUGGAUGAUGUACAUGACUUCUUACUGCGCCUCUUCCUGGACCGGGACCUCAUGACACUUCCAGCACAAAAUAAAUUGGCACCGUUCAUCGCUAAACGCCGCACACCACGAAUUCAGGAGCAGUACAGCAGGAUUGGAGGUGGGUCACCUAUCAAGAAGUGGACGGCGGUGCAGGGAGAAGGCAUGGUGAAACUGCUGGACAGCAUGUCUCCUCAGACCGCACCCCACAAGUACUACAUUGGCUUCCGAUACGUGCACCCUCUGACAGAGGAAGCAAUUGAGGAGAUGGAGGAUGACGGCAUCGAGAGAGCCAUCGCCUUCACGCAGUACCCGCAGUACAGCUGCUCCACCACAGGAAGCAGCUUAAAUGCUAUUUAUCGCUACUACAAUAAACAGGGGAAGAAGCCAAAGAUGAAGUGGAGUAUCAUUGACCGAUGGCCCACACAUCCCCUGCUCAUUCAGUGCUUUGCCGAUCACAUACAGAAGGAACUGGACCUGUUUCCACCUGACAAGAGGAAAGACGUCGUCAUCCUUUUCUCAGCCCACUCGCUCCCUAUGUCUGUGGUGAACCGUGGUGAUCCGUAUCCACAAGAAGUAGGAGCUACUGUCCAGAGAGUCAUGGAGAAGCUGAACCACUCCAACCCCUACCGGCUCGUCUGGCAGUCCAAGGUUGGGCCAAUGCCUUGGCUUGGUCCACAGACGGAUGAGACAAUUAAAGGACUGUGCCAAAGAGGAAAGAAGAACAUGUUGUUGGUGCCCAUAGCAUUCACAAGUGACCACAUUGAAACACUUUACGAACUGGAUAUUGAGUAUGCCCAAGUUUUAGCAAACGAGGUAAAUGGUUGACAGUUGUUAUAACUG